AUGCCACAAUCUAAGUCUCGUAAAAUGCCUAAAUAUAGGGCACGUCGAGUUCCCAAUGCAUGGAUCUUGUAUUCGAAUUCGUUUUAUAAAAACAAGCGUGAAGCUGGUCUACAGAUUAACAGAAUUGAAGCCAUAAAACUAGCAAAGGUAGAAUGGGGCAAAAUGGAAAAAACUGAAAAGCAGAGUUGGUUCAUAAAGGCAGAUCGCAUCAGAAUAAUCUGUCAUCUUAUCCCUCAAGUAGAUCAUCGAAUCAUCGCCAAUUCUGACUAUGUCAGUAAUUCUGAGGGACCUUUUAUUAUCGAAGACCUAUCGCCUACUUCUGAUAUGAACCAAUUAAAUGCUACAAAUAUAGUUGCUCAGAUUGGGGAAAAUGAGAAUAAAAAUGAAGAUGAAAUUUUUCAAUUCAUGUAUGAAAGUUUCAUAAAUGAUGAAUGGUGCGAGCAAUAG